AUUCCGCGGUUCGGUGGGUGGGUGAAGGAGCGCAUGCGCGAAUCGGUUGGUGUUUAGUAGGUCGGCACUCGCGCGAACUGACUCGGUAUGCCAGCAAGAGGAGCAGCAGCAUUACCAGCUCCAGCAGCAGCUUAAGCCAGGCCAGAUAGUCCAGGGCAUCGUAAGGCAUUCGAACGGCGUUGUCUCUCAGUCGUACGUAGACUUCGACAAGACGCGGCAGACUGAGUAACGGCUCGCGACCACAAGCCGGGCUUAUUUAUUUACGAGACCCACGCGUCUGCCUCUACCUUAUCUUACUACUGAUAACCGAUCGCUAAUCAAUCACUUAUCAAUGCAACUCCAAAUGCAAUCAAAUCAUAAGUACAAUUACUACCUGUUUAUUUUUUUUGAAAAUUACGAUACUUGUUUUGUGUUGUGAAAAAACUUGGUUACUUUAUAAAAAUAUUUUAUCGUGUGACAAGUGGACACUUAUAUGAAUUUAUUGACAUGCGCACAAAAAGACUAUAAGUAUAAGUUUAUAAUUAACUUUGUUAUUAAUUUGAAAAUUUGAAUUUUCCCGGGAAUUUUCCGCGGCAGUGACUGUCGCAAAAUUAGUGAUUUUAAAAUUAAUAAAAAGUGGCGGCUAAUUAUAAAAUUUUGAACACUAUCAGGAAAAAUAAUUCCUGGUUUAGUUUUCUUCGAGGAUAAAAUGGUAUACGGUGGUAAUCUUGACAUGGAGACGAUGCCACAAACGGUACCAACAGCUGUUGGGUUUUCGCCUUCAUUCGAGUACACAGCAUUUCAAUUUGACUUGUCAUUGCUACCGGACGAUUACAACUCAUCAGCAACCACUCACAGUCAAAUGACUCUGAAGCCCAUACAAAUAAAACAAGAAGUGCUAUCCCCGAGACCGGACUCACCUACAACAUACCCGAGCCCCCCUUAUCCCGGGCUGACCGGGGCCUUGUCACCGAAUUACUCCCGCGAAGCGUCGCCGGGUUAUCCCAGUAGUCCCUAUUACGUACCUCAGAGCCCACAAAGCGCACAUUUGUACCCAACCAGCCCGGAGCCAAGCCAACCAGUGAAGCCACCUGUUAAACGAGAAAAAAGUCUCGAUUUGCUUACCAUCCUCCAAGAAUCCAGACUUUUAGCGGAGAGCCUUGGCUACAAAGAAGAUUCCACAGACUGCACGGUACCAUGUACGCCACCAAGGUCUGAAGAAGAUAUUUACAAUUCUCUGGAUACUGAUUUCUUUCCAAAACGCGAAGAAACGAGCAACCCAUUGUUAAAGGAAAUUUUAUUCAAAGAAGAACCGACGUCAACAAACUCACCUCAGCCAACAAUUAGUCACCAGUCGUCAAUUAGUUCACAGCCCUCGCCAGCUCCAGACCCUGAAAAUUCGUCACUUCGCAGUCUUCUCUUCUCUUCUGAUAACAAACAAGACACGAAUUCCAUUGACGACAAUCGACACAAGACUCCGCUGAUAAUUCCCAAGAUUGAGAUUACAGACGAGGAUACUUUCACGAGUCAAAAAUUGUCGAGUCCGCUGAAUCGGGAGGAUGAAAUCUUCAAUCUCAAAGACCAGAAGGGCGACCACCAAUUGCUCCGCGAAGUCUUGAGGGACACCAGUUUUCAAAGGAAGUACAACCUAAGACCCGUCGAUUUGGGGACCGUCGGCACGGGGUUUGUAGAAGAUAUGGAGAACAGCGAGUGCGUUGGUGAUCUUGCUCGUGAACAGAUCGAACCUGUCCUCAGUCUCGCCAUCCAGCAGCUUCAAAAAGAUUUCGAUAACACCUGCGUCGCGCUUGGAAUCCAUCCUGAACCUCGUCGCUGGAGUGCUGCUGACGUUGCUGCGUGGGUCCAGUGGGCCCGAAGACAAUUACAGCUGCCAUCAGUGCCCCUUGACAGUUUCAACAUCGACGGCGAAACACUUGCAUCUCUAACGGAAGAAGAUUUCUGCCAUCGUGCGCCUCAGUGUGGAAGCAUGCUGCACGCGCAAUUAGAAAUUUGGAAGGCUGCCGUGGAGGAGUCACCGAGAAAUACUCUAGCUGCUUCUUGGAGUCCUACUAGCGUUGUCCAGCCAUCUCCAGUCAGCACAAGUGAUCUCAAUUCCUCGCUGAGCGCGCCUGAUGCUUCAUCUUCCUCGGCUUCUUCGUGUAAUUUGGAUUUAACUGAUGACGAAGAUGACGACGUGGCCGCAGUAACGCCAGUUAAUGACGGAGGUAAAAUACGUAACGGUGGAUCCCACAUCCAUCUGUGGCAAUUUCUAAAAGAAUUACUUCAGAGUCCCGGGUUACAUGGCUCGUGUAUACGCUGGCUGGAUCGCACGAAAGGAGUUUUCAAGAUCGAGGACUCGGUGCGUGUCGCAAGGUUGUGGGGUAAACGUAAAAAUAGACCGGCCAUGAACUACGACAAGCUCAGCCGUAGUAUCCGGCAGUACUAUAAAAAAGGCAUAAUGAAGAAAACAGAACGCAGCCAGAGGUUAGUCUAUCAGUUCUGUCAUCCCUACAGCUUAUAAAUUUAUUUUAUACUAUUUUUAAUUUUAAAUAAAAAGAAAUUCUCCGUUUGCCCAUAUUUAUGUUGAAUAUUGGUAAUCGGCAAUUCUUCAAGGGCUUCCGGUUCUUACUGACAAAGAACCUCUAGAGAAAAAUCGUGUGAUUGUAAAUUUUAAAAUAAGAACCACUGUAUCCAUGAUAUGAUUUUUAUAAAUAUUUUACUAAUUAUAAAUGAUGAAUCUACAACAUAACUAAUGUUUGCGCCUUUGUGUCGUUAUUAUUUGUCACUAAUAUUACUAGUUUGUAACUUCAUAAAUCCUGUGGUUACGUAAUAUAUUUAUUUAUUAAAUAAUAAACUAAAAACAAUCGAUUACA